CAAGAAGGACCAACAACAAGCAAGGAGAUGCGAUCAGUGUUGUUGAUUGGUGUGGUGCUCGCUGUCGCUGUUGCUGCGGGAGCGGCAGUAGCAGUCGGUGCAGAGCAAGCCGGAGAGGACACGCUUCCGCAGACAGCCUUCACCGCAGAGGACUUGAAGAAAUACGACGGACGUGAUCCGGAGCUGCCAAUCUUAAUCUCGCUCAAGGGCAUCGUGUACGACGUCACCGCAGGCAAACGGUUUUAUGGCCCUGGUGCUUCCUACAACGCGCUGGUUGGCAAGGACAGCACGCGUGCUGUGGGGCUCUGGUCAUUGGACGAGAAGGACCUUACAGACGACAUUUCGGACUUUACCGAGGAGCAACUUGCUGGUUUGAAUGAGGUGAUUGAGACCGUGUACAAGGCCAAGUAUCCUGUGGUGGGCCGCUUCGUCAAGACACACGACGAACUCUAGCACACGCGCAAGCCUGACAAGCCGUGCGGUGUUGCGUUGACAGCGCGACACUGAUCGGCAACAGCGUGCGCAAGCGUGCACUCAAAGCACAAACAGACAGACAGACACAGACAGAC